GCAGGACAAUCUGGGAAGAGAGAGAGAGAGAGAGCGAGAGAGGGAAGAAAUUGAUGGAGUUAUCUUGUUCUUGUACGUCGCUAACGUCUUCUUCCCUUCUCCCGACAAAGUCCUCCUCUCUCUCCUCCUCAAACUCCCUCUUCUUCUCCAACGCCUCCGCUGCUCUCUCGAGAAAGAAAAAUCCCAUCUCGGCGUCCGUACAGAGAGCUGGCUCCACAUCAAGGCGAGGCCUCGGUUGCCGGUGCCUUUUCGGGCUCGGCGUGCCGGAGCUCGUCGUCAUCGCCGGCGUCGCCGCCCUCGUCUUCGGCCCGAAGCAGCUGCCCGAGAUCGGGCGGAACAUUGGGAAGACUGUCAAAAACUUUCAGCAGGCAGCCAAAGAAUUCGAGACGGAGCUGAAAAAGGAACCUGAAGAUGUGAGUAUUCCCUGUCCUCCUGAAGGCCCCAAAGCUGUUAGCAACGGAAACCAGAAAGGGGACCCUGAUUCUUGAAACAUCAGGCACAAAAGAAAAUGCUCGAAAUCAUGAGAUUUGAUUUAUUUCCUGAGAGUCUCCGUAGUUCUAGUAUUUGUAUUUAUAGUUUGCCGCUGUAUAUUCUUCUCGAGCUAUGGAUAAUGCAACGGUGUUCGACUGAACAAUUCGCAGUCUCCUAGCAGUUUAUUGACUUUGUGCUAUGAGAAAAUUUGUAAUUUCAGUAUCUCAGGAGUUAUUUUCUGUUUACCAUGCCGUUUCUUGUCAAGGGAAUAUUUCCGAGGUGCUAUGAGAAUAUAUGCUACUAUGUUAAAAAUA